UGUGACCUAACACGUCCUCCAGAUCAAGGCUGGUGAGCUAGGUCGUGUGUCUUCUGCCGGUGUUGUCCUUGCGAAUUUUAGGACUAAAAUCAUGGUUUUCGAAAAAAAAAUGAUAAUGUAUGGGGAGCCUGAUGAUGAGGAGGAAGAGGCACCGGCAGAGGAGGAGGAGGAGGAAGAAGACAUGGUGGAUCCCUUAGAAACAAUACGGGCAAAGUGUGAGGCAUCAGAGCACUGCGCCCACACAAGGGAGAGGCUGGAGGCCUGCACGGCCAGAGUGGGCUCAAGAUCACACACUGAGGAGGAAUGCACAGAGGAGCUCUUCGACUUCCUACAUGCACGGGACCACUGUGUAGCGCACAAACUCUUCCACAGUGUCAAAUGAACCUCUUCUCAAUUAUCUUGUCAAUUCCAGUAGUUUAUUGCAGCUGUGGAAUAUAUUUAAAUACUACAGAUGUGCAGUGUCAGGGAAGGCUUGAGACCACAGCCUGUGUUGUAUCUAUGAAUGUUAAUAAAUUACAUAUCUUGUUAA